GAUCUGUGCAAUUUUUCUUCAGUCUCGUCUCGUCUUUUGUCUUGUCUAUGAAUAUCAAAUCAUUUUCGAAGUCUGGAAAAUGGCUGCUGCAAAUAUUGCCCGCAGUGCUCUAAGUGGAUUAUUACGAAAAUCCACUUCCUAUAGGACGCCGGUAGUAUGCCGGCUCUCAACUGUGGCCCUGCAGCAAAAAUAUAGUACAGUCAAUGCUGCCAUUAAGACAUGCAUCUCUCUGAACGGGCAAAAUGGGGCCCAGAAAAACAGUGUCCGCAACUACAGCGGCGGGCCCCCACUCUCAUUAGACCUUAUUAAAAGUAGAGUGCUACUUGUUCUUCAACUUUAUGACAAAAUUGACCCUGAAAAGUUGAAUGUAGACAGCCACUUUCUAAAUGACCUCGGUCUGGAUUCCCUGGACCACGUAGAGGUCAUUAUGGCAAUGGAAGAUGAGUUCGGUUUUGAAAUUCCAGACGGUGAUGCAGAGAGGCUGGUUAGACCUAAAGAUAUUAUCCAAUACAUUGCUGACAAAGAGGAUGUUUAUGCAUAAAUUACACAAUCACAACAAGUAGCUUUGUCUCUGCUAUUUCAGGCCAGUUGUACAAUUAUACUGUUGAAAGUUUAACCAAAGUGCAGUGCUUUUACAAUACAACUGGCCUAAGGUCUCAGGACAUUGAAUUUAGAUUUUAGUUCAAUUUAUUAUCCUUGUUAUUCAAUUAAGAAUGAACAAUGUGAACUCUGCUGAUCCAACAUCCAUCUCUAAAGAUGUAUAAAGUGUAAAUUCUGUUUUUAUUGAUUAUAUGCCUGUUAGAGUAGAUCAUUUGUUUUUCAUUUGGUCAUUUAUCAAUACCUGAACAAAUAAAUUGAUCAGUUAGAUUGCAAUGUUUUUUUUGGCUGUUAGAAACUUCAUGAAAAGCAACUGAUGUAACACUGCAUUUUCGUAUCAAGCCUUAGUUAGUAAUUGUUUUUAUUGUGAUACCUAUCAUCAGUUGUGAAAUAACAUGUGGUGAUAUGAUUAUAAA